AUGGCAUUUCACGAGCCUCUUUCCCGAUUGUACAUCGGUUGCAUGCAGUCGUUCCGAGACUUGCUCCAGGUUAUCAUUGCGAAAGAUAGUAGCGCAGACGAUACCCAGGAGGUUCGCCUUCAUGAGCUCCAGGAAGAGUAUGGUAGACUACAGAUCUGGGGCAAUCAGUCAGGAGCAGACCUAUCUCCGGGAGCCCAAGAAUCUUUGGAGAACAAGCUUCGGCACGAUGAAGAGCUCAACGAGUUGUCAAGGAGUAUUCUGCAACGAAUGAACGACUUGCUCAGUCAAGGCAUGUAUCUUUAUCAUAAUACAGGAAUUUCAUACCAACCCGCCUUAGCAAACACUCUCGUGAACAGAACGAAUGACAAUGAUAACGCGGCGGCGUUGAACUACAAUUCGACGAGUUGCACCAGCAGUGACUCUGACUCUGAGUCCGAAUGUGACGCAGGAAUUCCACCUCACAGGAAGUCAAGAUUUAGUCUACUUUUUCAGCACUUGAAAGAGCAAACACGAUUGCUUUAUGAUCUGUCAUCUCUGCUUCGUCGCCCAGAUGACUCGAAUCAAUAUGUGCAGGCUAUCAACCAGCGUCAGCCCAUAUCGAAUCUGAUUCCGAAAACAGCUACGAAUGAGUUUGAGGAUAUUGAACACACGAGUUAUCACUCUCCAUUUUCGUUUUCCGUAUCAACCGGUCAACAGGGAUUAAGUAAUGUAGCAAAAGCCGAGGAGGGCAAGAUUCAGUAUGACCACCAUGAAGACGUUCCACAGCAAGGCAAGCCACCAUCUGUGGGAUCUCAUCCGUAUCCUGACCGACUCUCGCAACCCGAACCAACCUCUCAGGUAGUUGAUGAAGACAUCCUUGAGCAGUGGCUCAGACAGGAUGAUGAGCAGCCUGGGGAUGGACUUACACAAGCAGACAUCUUCGACCCUAGCAUCUUCAAAAAGAAGGAGACAACCCGCGACGUCUUAGAGAACUGGGAAGACAGACGCCGCGAUGACUUACAGGACUGGGAAGACAGACGCCGCGACGACUUACAGGACUGGGAAGACAGACACCGCGACUUCUUACAGGACUGGGAAGACAGAUACAACACAACACCAGUGCCUCAAGCAGAAUUCUUCUCGCCUAAGGAGCUUGAACGAGAUAAUCUGCCAAACGUGCAAGCCGUAGACUCCAACGAAGGCGACCAAGCACAUGACGAUGCAGCAUACAAACACCGCAAAACUCAGCCGUACUCCUAUCCCCAGCAGCUGCCCUACCAUUUACCAGGACUCAAAUCUACCGAAGCGAUACCUUCAGGAAGCAGACUACGUUCUGUACGUAACGUAAAGCCUGGGGAAGUUCCCCAGCCCAAGAUCAAGCAAAGUCUCGGACAGUAUCGUGAAGACGUCUACAAGCAGAAACCUUCGGAACCUUCAUGGCAACAAAACCUAUCCCCCCUAAGCACGAGGCCUCGUGGACGUUCUUCGCUAGAGUCCCUGAAACUACCCAUCCGACAUCCUGGAACUCUAAACGUCGUUUCCAGCUCAUCGCAGUUGCCCCAACGAUCGAUGAACGUAGGUACCUCCCUCCUAGCAUUGUCACUUCCAGGAAAUGUUGCGCGUCGUCGUCUCGUACUUGACUUACUAACAAGAGCAAAAGGAGGGCAUACAGGAACAUGCAUAUCCGCUUCCUUACGUGAAUCCGCCGUCUAUACAGUUCCGAUCGCCGACAGAAAACUCAUCAGCGACGAGUACGUUGAUCAAUGAGCUAUCUUCACGGCCAGGAAGACACUCUCUGCUUAUCUCCGACACUGAUUCGAGUGAGUCAGACU